AUGAAGAUCACCAAGUCUGAUUCAUCCAGCAGUAAUUGGGCCAUAAUUCCACAAAAUGCUAGAGCGUCAAACGAAGGUUCGGCAGUCCAAGGCCCUGUUGAAGCGUUCGAAGAAGACCGCCGGCGCCGACGUUAUGAGCAGGACCGCGACGCGGAUGUUGAUCGUUCGGUUGCCCGUAAGGAUCGCGGCAAGAAGCGAGGAGAUCGCGCGUCGAGAUACGAGGUUGAGGAAGAUGAGUGGGAGGACGGUUACCCAUCAAGACGCGAGAAGCGUACUUCUUACAGGGACGAAGGAGAAGACGAUUACGGUGCCCGACGCGACGACCGAUAUGAGCAGUAUGUGGAGAAGAAACGAAAGAAAGAAGAGCGCAAGGCACAGCGUGAUGCUGGGCCAAGGAACAUCACGUUGCCCGAACUAAUCAGCAUUACCGAUCUGGCCAGGGCGCUGAAGGUUCACAAUAGCCUUUUCCUUGAACAACUAGGCGAGCUCGGUUUCGAAAAUGUUUCCCUGGAGAGCAUCAUGGCUGGCGAGACAGCGGCCCUCGUUGCUCAGGAGUACGGUUUCGAGCCCAUCGUUGAGACGGGCGCUUCAGAGGACCUCAAGCCCCGGCCUCUACCGGAAGACGCAUCGGUGCUCCCUCAACGGCCUCCAGUGGUGACCAUCAUGGGUCACGUUGACCAUGGCAAGACGACUCUCCUUGACUAUCUCCGUAAGUCAUCCAUCGCCACCCAAGAGCACGGCGGUAUUACCCAGCACAUUGGUGCCUUCUCUGUCAAGCUCUCGGUCGGCAAGCAGAUCACCUUCCUAGACACACCUGGUCAUGCCGCUUUUCUCACGAUGCGUCAGCGCGGUGCAAACGUGACCGACAUUGUUAUUCUGGUGGUCGCGGCAGAUGACAGUGUCAAACCACAGACGCUUGAAGCAAUUAAGCAUGCCCGCGCGGCCAAGGUGCCCAUCAUCGUGGCCAUCAACAAGAUUGACAAAGAGGGUGCGCGCAUUGACCAGGUAAAACAGGACCUGGCCCGCCAUGGGGUCGAGAUUGAAGACUAUGGCGGCGAUGUGCAAGUAGCUUGCGUAUCGGGCAAAACAGGAGAGGGGAUGGACGCUCUUGAAGAGAAUAUCCUGACCCUUUCCGAAAUCCUGGACAUGCGUGCUGAGGAAGACGGACCUGCCGAGGGCUGGAUCUUAGAGAGCAGUCUCAAACCUAUCGGCAAGGCAGCUACAAUCCUCGUUAAGCGUGGCACCAUGCGUUCGGGUGAUAUCAUAGCUGCGGGCACAACAUGGGCCAGGAUUCGUCAUCUACGGAACGAGGCGGGCAUCAUGAUUGCCGAGGCACCGCCAGGCACUCCAAUUGAGGUGCUGGGCUGGAAAGAUCUGCCCGCAGCGGGUGAGCUGGUCAUUCAGGCUCCGGACGAGAGACGCGCCAGGAAUGCCUGCGAGUAUCGCAAGUCGUUGAAGGAUCGCGAGAAAGAUGCCGCCGAUCAUGAAAGGAGUGUCAAACAACGGAAGCUCAUUGAAGAGAGACGGGCAAUGGAGAAGGCCGCCAAGGAGUAUCCCGACGGCCGCGAACGCCGCACAGAUGGCACUUGGGGCACCACCGAGCAGCUGCCGGCAGAGGAGGGCGGCGUCAAAAUGGUCAACUUUGUCGUCAAAGGUGACGUGCAUGGUUCCGUCGAGGCCGUGUGCGCCAGCAUCCUCGAGAUCGGCUCCAACGAGGUGCGUCCGCGCGUCCUUCGCUCCGUUCCGGGCCACAUUACCGAGGGCGACAUCGACCAUGCGGCCACUUCAUCUUCUAUCAUUGUCAACUUCAAUCUGCCCAUAUCUGGACUCGUCAAGCGCAUGGCAGAGGAGCAGGGUGUCAGGAUCCUAGACCACACUGUCAUCUACCACUUGGCCGACGACGUCAAGGAUGUUCUCAGCGGGUACUUGACCCCUGAUGUCAGCAUCAAGGUGCUGGGUGACGCCGAGGUGUUACAGAUUUUCCCCAUCAACGUCAAGGGUCGUAUGUACAAAAACAUUGCAGGCUGUAGGAUACGCAACGGCAAGGUGGGGAGAAAUGACCUCUUCCGCGUCAUCAGAGAAGGCGAGAAGAUAUUCGAAGGCAAACUAGAGUCUCUCAAACAUCUCAAGAAGGAUAUCGACGAUGUGCGCAAGGGCGGCGAGUGUGGUAUUGGGUUUGCAGAGUUCCAAAACUUACAAGUAGGGGACCAAAUUCAAGCUUUCGAAGAGGUAACAACACAGAGGAAGCUGUAA